GAGCAUCUAUCGAAUCUUUAAGUCACCUGCGAUAGACAUAGUCCAAGCCUCCCGUCACGAUGGCAGCGUCGUCGAGAUCCGCCAUGCUCCGACAAGCCCGGCUCCUCUCAUCCUCUUCACGACUCUUCUCGACGACAACGACCCAACCAUUUCGACUCCUCCGACCUGCUCCGUCGGUGCUUCCCAAGCAAUUACUCGUUCCCUCCUGGGCAGCAGCCUCUCGCUAUGCACCAUUCUCGACGACCACAAGCAGAAAGAUCCUCCCGCCGGGCCCGCAGGUGAUUGAGGGCGGCGUGAACGAUCCUGCGCCCGUGCCAAAGCCGGAUCCUCUCCACGGCGCCUAUCACUGGACAUUCGAGCGAUUGAUGUCCGCCGCCCUCGUGCCGUUGACCAUGGUCCCCUUCGCGUCAGGGAGUAUCAGUCCCACCCUCGAUGCCGUGCUAAUAUUUGGGAUUAUUGUGCAUUCGCAUAUUGGGUUUCAGUCCAUUGUGAUCGACUACAUUCCAGUUCACAAGCACCCAACACUGCGGAGGGCGUUUAUGUGGGCAUUGAAUUUAGCCACCUUGAUCGUCGGUAUUGGCUUUUACGAAUUUGAGACCAACGAUGUUGGUGUCACGGAGGCAGUCAAGAGGAUAUGGCAUGCCGGCGAGAAUGAUGCGACAAUUGGGAAGACAGAGCUCUCUGGGUUGGGCCACGAUGGGAAGCUGAAGCAUCUGAAAUAGAUCAGCAGCUUAGGACUUGCGGCAGCGGAUGGCUGAAGGAGUCAGUGAUUGGUAAACAGACAUGUAUAUGACACAAACACACACACUGCUGGAGAUCGGAAGAUAAGGGUGUCGCGCAGCGAGCGUUGAAUGCCUGUCGAUACCGGUCGAUCAAACACUUUUUCACGUACUUCCAGUGUCUAGCUAUCCCAGUCUAUCAUACCCAUAUUGCUGCUCCAAACGCCGCCAAUGCAUGACAUUCAUUGCUCUUCCAA